UUCUUUUAACUGCUCUGGAAUUUUUUGCUGUGUAAAUUUAUUUAUUUUUUGGCAAUAUCGAAGCUGAAUUUUGGGAAGAGUAGUAUUUUUGCAAAACGCUCAAUUUUAAUCUGGGUCUGUUUCCUCCACCCAGCUUGUCCCAAAGUUCACCAUUAAUUUCUAAAUAGAAAAUUUAAUAACUAAAAUUCGGAAAUUCAGCACAGCUUUGCGAAAAUCUACGCGGAAGCAGUAAAUACUACCAACAACAACAACAGAACUACGAAUAGACGGAUAGUAACCCAGCACCAGCUCUUGUGGAGACGCAGGUCUCAUUUAUAGAAAAUAUUGCAGCAAAUAUCACUUGUCUGACAGGUGGAUAAAACAAAUUAAAAUGAUCAAAUUGUUUUCAUUGAAACAACAAAAGAAGGAUGGCGACCAAAGUGGCAGAGGUGGAGGCCAACAAAAGAAAGCAUCUGCUGCCCAGUUGCGCAUACAAAAAGACAUAAACGAACUCACCCUGCCAAAAACUUGUUCUAUGGAUUUCCCCGAUCAAGAUGAUUUGCUCAAUUUCAAAUUGAUCAUAUGUCCCGAUGAAGGUUUCUACAAAGGUGGACGUUUUGUGUUCAACUUCCGCGUAGGCCCAAAUUAUCCACAUGAGGCGCCCAAAGUGAAAUGUGAAACACAAGUAUAUCACCCGAACAUUGAUCUCGAGGGAAAUGUGUGUUUAAAUAUAUUACGUGAAGACUGGAAUCCAGUAUUGACUAUAAGUUCUAUUGUCUAUGGUCUGCAAUAUCUAUUCUUGGAACCCAACCCCGAGGAUCCCUUGAAUAAAGAAGCGGCCGAUGUUUUGCAAACAAAUCGACGUCUAUUUGAACACAACGUAUCAAAAGCAAUGCGUGGCAAUUUUGUCGGAGAAACGUAUUUUGAAUGCUGCCUCAAGUGAUAUAGAAAAACAAAUGUUUUUACUUUAAGAAAUGGCGUCUACCUUUUGGCCAUUUUGUUGGGAAUCGGUGGUCGCUUUUACAUUAAUUUAAUUUUUCAAAACAAUUAAUGCAACUCUUAUUAACCGCAAUAAAAUUAAAAAAAACACA